CAGUCGAUUACUCGAUUACUAAAAUAUUCAAUAGCUGCAGUCCUAGAAUCAAUUAAUAAAUUGAUGUUGCACCCCGCAAAAAUCUUUCGCAACUGCUUAGAAGUGUUUUAGAGGCGUUAAUCAGACAAAUUUUUGUUGUGGGUUUGCAGUGGCAGCGGUGCUCAACAAACACACGGACCACCGGAACCUAUUCACUCAGAGGGCCUGCUGCAGGCGGCAGACUCACUUUGUCUACAUUGGUCAAGACAUUUCAGGCAGUCCUAUCAGUGUGGACGUGGGCAUAUGCAGGUCUCACUGUGGAGGGGCAGCAGCCAGGCCAUCCCUUGAGGCCAGUGCGCUAGACUACACGCAACACGUAUCCAUGUUGGAAUUCCUCAGGAACAAAAAACAGAGGAUGCACAGACCUGUCGGCCAAGCCCAAGUCGGACAGCUUCAGAAAACAUCGCUAUCUUCGUGUAGCGUAAAUCACGCUUGCGAGCCUACGGGCAUGCGUGUGGACAGGGUGCUCCUGUUCGAGGGCCCCCAUGAGGUGGAGGUGAUACAGGAGUGCCACUGCGAGAUUCAGCCAGCUCAAUGCAUGCGUGUACCCUCACUGAGGACCUUUUUCUCAGAGACGCCCUACGAGAGUGUGGUGGAUGUGGGCAGGUGCUCGAGAUCCAAGGGUGUUCCGGAAGGAUUCUCCUGCAUGCCCACCAAAUUUGACUCGGCCUUGGUGGACACGCCCAACAAAGUGAAUGUGAUCCCCACUGUGGCAGCCUGCGAGCUGAAGGAGAGCUGCUACCGUGUCCCUUACGUUGAGUACCACUACGAAAUUGUGCACCAUGGUGACGGCGUCAAGGAGGAAAGACUCAGGGAAGUGGACGUGGGCAGAUGUUUGGGAGGCUGCGCCACAGGAAACCGGUGCCUUCUUAGGAGUCCGUCAGACCCUGAAAUCUGCCACUUGUGGGCCAAGAAACAAUCUAGCUCAUGUGUACCUCAAGGAUAUGAGAGCCACAGCUUCCUGAGCCAGCAUGGCAAGAUUAGCACCAUCCUAUCAAUCACUUCCUGCCACUGCCCAAACUGAACAGCCAUAAAGAGACACAGCCCCCACCUGGAUAGAUCUGCACAUCACAUGCUUGAUA